AUGUACUCCAGAAAGUUGCAGGACCCUGACAAUGCCGGGGCGCUCCGAAAUCAAGAGUACCAGAUUCUGGAAGAAAUUGGCAGAGGAUCUUUCGGAUGUGUUCGCAAGGUGAUUCACACACCAAGUAGUCGAACCAUGGUCCGCAAAGAAAUCAAGUUUGGGCAUAUGAACUCAAAGGAAAGACAACAACUAAUUGCCGAAUGUGCCAUCUUGGGCCAGCUCAAGCAUGAAAAUAUCGUCGAAUUUUACAAUUGGGACUACGACAAGGAUGUGCUCUACUUGUACAUGGAGUACUGUAGCAAUGGGGACCUGUCUCAAAUGAUAAAUCAUUACAAAAAGGAAAGGAAAUAUAUUCCGGAAAAACUGGUGUGGGAUAUAAUGACACAGAUUUUGACCGCGCUGUAUAGAUGUCAUUAUGGAAGCGAUCCACAACCUCUUGAAACGAUUUAUGAUAAAAUGAAGCUUCCAGUCAAAGGAGCCAACUUGGUUAUACAUCGGGACCUCAAGCCGGGGAAUAUUUUUCUCAGUGGGGAAAAUCUAACGUCCUCUGCGGAUAAGAAUUCUAAGCUGGACUACAGCAAAGCUUUGGUGAAGUUAGGCGAUUUCGGUCUAGCGAAAUCGCUGGAGUCCAGUAUAGAGUUUGCAACGACCUAUGUGGGUACCCCAUAUUACAUGUCUCCAGAAGUACUGAUGGAUCAGCCAUACUCCCCGCUGAGUGAUAUAUGGUCUCUGGGAUGUGUUGUGUACGAAAUGUGCUCGCUGCAUCCCCCGUUUCAGGCCAAAACUUACUCAGAAUUGCAGAGACGCAUAAAAGCUGCUAACUUUGAACGCAUUCCUCAGUAUUACUCUGAUGAGUUGCAGAAUAUUCUAACAUCGUGCAUUGAAAGCGAUAUCCAGAGGAGGUCGUCGACAUUUGAACUUCUGCAAAAUUUCCAGCUCAGGGUGGCCAGAAAGUCACUUCAAUUACAACGAUUCGAAGAGAAUCUUUUAAAUUACGAGAAAGAGCUCAUGAACAUAGGUAAUAUUUUGGAGCAGCAAGCCGGAGAAUACGAAAAUGAAAUGGCAAGCAUAAGAGCACAGUAUCGAAAAGAGUUUGAAACUGCCGUCGAGGAACGCGUCAGAGCAGUGUUGAACGGCAAGAGGGUAAACAGCCCAACGGACAUAAUAACGGGCCGAAAACAUUUGCAUAGACCCGAACAGCUUUGGAGAAUGAGAGGCAGAUAA